CUUUCAAACCGCGUCCCGCGCUCUCCCGCGAGGCUUUAUGGCCCCUCCCCUUCCCGGGGUGGGGCCGGCACGGGCCGCGCUCGCCAUGGCGAGGAAGCGGCCGGGGUCGCCCCGUCCGGUGGCAGCCAGGAAGCGGCGCUCGGGGGGGCCGAGGGGGCACGAUGAUUUUGAAGAGCAAAAGGCCAAUAUAAAGAAGAAUAACUCAAAAGCUCCAGCUAGGAAGAAGGAAGAAGAUUGUGAUACUGGAGUUUCCAACUCAGCAAAUAAAGCUGCAAAACGAAAAGGGGCAAAAUCACCAAUAAAAGAAAACAAAAAACCUACUAGAAGUAAAGGGAAUCAAAACAAAGAAGAAACAUGCAGUGACUCACUGAAGACCCCUGAGAAGGAGAUAAAGUUGGAGACAGAAUCUCCUGUUAAUAAAGAGAUGGAUGAAGGCAACACUGACAAUGAUGAUGAUGAAAGUGAAGAUGAAUGGGAGGACGUGGAAGAACUCCAGGAACCUGCCACAGAUGACUUAAAAGGUGCUGCUGUUCUUCCAGCAUCAAGCAAUCCUGUUGAGAUAGAGAUUGAAACACCAGAGGAGAUGAAGAAAAGAGAGAGGAGAGAAAAAAGGAAAGCCGAGUUUGAGAUGUACCUUCGGAGAAUUAUGAAACGUUUCAGCAAGGAGGUUCGUGAAAACACACAUAAGGUUCACCUCUUGUGUUUAUUAGCGAAUGGUUUCUAUAGAAACAGGAUCUGCAGCCAGCCAGAUCUUCAUGCCAUUGGCCUGUCCAUCAUCCCCACCCACUUUACAAAAGUGCCUGCAAACCAAGUGGACCUUCUCUACCUUUCCAACUUGGUGAAAUGGUUUGUCGGAACCUUCACUGUCAAUGAUGAGCUUUCCACUGAAAAAGGAGAGCCCCUUCAGUCAACCUUGGAGAGGCGGUUUGCCAUCUAUGCUGCACGAGAUGAUGAAGAGUUGGUUCAUAUAUUUUUAAUUAUUCUGCGAGCCUUGCAGCUGCUGUGCCGUCUUGUGCUGUCUUUCCAGCCUAUUCCUCUCAAGGAGACAAAGGGAAAAAGCUCAUCCAAGAGGCAGUCUCUCAGUGGUACCUCUGAAGGGCAGGAAAGCUCUGCCACAACACCAAAAUCUCUGGAAAAAAAAUGCCCCUGCAGAAAAGCCAAGCAGGAUGAAAAAUCCUCAGAAAGCAAAGAAGACAGCAAGGAGUCAAAGAAAUGCAAAACUGCUCAGACCAAAAGGACACACAAGUCAAAGUUCACUGCAGGCAGCCAGGAACAGAAGGAAUCCAGUAAUGAAGAGAGCAGUUUAGCGGAAAAAGAUGUGCCAGUCAGGACCAAGAAUGAUCGCCGGAGACGAGUGGCCUCCAAAGUGUGUUACAAAGAAGAGAGUGGAAGUGAUGAGGGCAGUGUUUCAGACUUUGAGAUUUCAGAGGAGGACAGUGAUCUCUCUGAUGAGGAUUUUGAAACAGUCCCUAAAAGGCGCAGGAGCUCACUGGGCUCCCAGAUGUCAAAGGCAACAGCUAUAAAAAGCCCAAAACCUGCAACUUCAGAAUCAAGGCUAUCCAAAAAUACAUGUGAAGCUGAGCCUAGGCCAGCAAAAAGCGCAGCUCCACCUUUGCCUCAUGCACAGAGAAAGAGAAACAAAAUAAUUUCCAGUGAUGAGGAUGAUGGACAGCAGGAGGUAAGGAAGGUGAAUGGCACAGACCAGUGGCUGGAGGUUUUCCUGGAACGUGAGGACAAGUGGGUGUGUGUAGACUGUGUUCAUGGCAACAUUGGACAGCCCCAGCUGUGCUUCACAUAUGCCACAAAGCCGCUUUCCUAUAUUGUGGGAUUUGACAACGAUGGGAGUGUCAGGGAUGUGACGCAAAGAUAUGACCCAGUGUGGAUGACCGUAACAAGGAAAAGUCGCGUGAACCCCGAGUGGUGGGAAGGCACCCUGCAGCCAUAUAAAAGUCCCUGUGUGGAAAGAGACAAGAAGGAAGAAAAUGAGUUUCAAGUUAAGCUUCAAGAUCAGCCUCUACCAACAGCAAUUGGAGAGUACAAAAACCAUCCUCUUUAUGCACUGAAGAGGCACCUCUUGAAAUACCAGGCAAUCUAUCCUGAGUCAGCUGCUAUCCUAGGGUACUGCAGGGGUGAAGCAGUCUACUCCAGAGACUGUGUACACACGCUGCACUCUAAGGACACUUGGCUAAAGCAAGCUCGAGUGGUGAGGAUUGGAGAAGUGCCUUACAAGAUGGUGAAAGGCUAUUCCAACCAGGCCAGGAAGGCCCGCCUUGCAGAGCCUGCAAACCAGGACAAAGCGGACCUGGCACUGUUUGGUCGCUGGCAGACAGAGGAGUAUCAGCCACCCAUAGCAGUGGAUGGAAAGGUUCCCCGGAAUGAAUAUGGAAAUGUUUAUCUCUUCCUACCAUCCAUGUUACCCAUUGGCUGUGUGCAGCUGAGACUCCCAAACCUGAACAGACUGGCGCGGAAGCUGGACAUUGACUGCGUUCAGGCCAUCACUGGAUUUGAUUUUCACGGCGGCUACUCACACCCAGUUACCGAUGGCUAUGUUGUCUGUGAGGAGUAUAAAGACAUCCUCCUUGCUGCCUGGGAGAAUGAACAAGCAGAAAUAGAAAAGAAGGAGAAGGAGAAGCGUGAGAAGAGAGCUCUGGGGAAUUGGAAGCUGCUGACAAAAGGCCUUCUCAUCAGAGAGAGACUGAAGCAACGCUACUCCAUCAAGACUGAGCCAUCAGCAUCUGAGGCAGAGAAAGGAGCUGGAUUCUCUUCUGAUGAAGAAGGAGGUCCAAGUUCAGAGACUGCAGUAGAGAAUAUGGCCAUUUCUUGGCCCCAGAACCGCCAGUUAGAGAAAAAGAAAGAAGAGAAGACAACCAGAAAGACCAAGCGAGAAAAGAUAGGAGAAGCGGCACAGUUGUUCCCUUUUGAGAAAUUGUGAUCAAACAAGCGUUUCUUUGCUGUAUUUAGAUACAAGAACAAUAGCCACAACAAAAGUAUCCUUUUCCAGUUAAGGACUUAGUCUUCUUGUGCACUUGGAUUUCUGAGCUAUCAGGGACCAGCUGUAAUUCAGUAUCAAGAGUUUCCUCAUCCUUCCAUCCCUGGACUUAAGAGUUAAGUAGAUGUUCAGUUGUACCUUCUGAGAAGAUCACUUUGAGCUGCUGGGGUUUCUUUGCUCUCUGUUGUAUCACUCAGCACUAAUAAUGCUGGUUUUGAGGGAUUCCUUUCACCAACACUGCCUUUCCCACUUUCCUCCCUUCCAUUUUUUCAUCCUUCCCAGAACUAAAGCAUGCAGUUGCUGUUGAACAGCCUGUGGUCAGCUGGCCAAGGGACUAAUGCCCUCUUUGCUUCGUACUUUAAUCAAAGCAGUGGUGAGGUAGAGUUCUGAUUUUACUGUGUCAUCAUCAGAGAAGGGGAAAUACUUCCGUUAAGGUGUAAAAAUAAAAAUGCAAUCAAGAUUUGGAAGAAUACAUAAAUUUGCUUUCUAAAGAAUACCCGCCCUCUGUGAAAACUCAGUUUUGGCUUUUCAGCCUGCAGUCGUCUUCCUUUACUUCCAGAAGUCUUGUGCAUUAGAAGGAAGAAGCCCUGUCCUCAUUUCAAUCUUAAGCUUAAAUGGGUUUUCUUAAAUAAUUUGAAUAUAUGCAUAUUUGUUUCAGUUUUGUUUAUCAAGACCAUGUGGAUACAUUUUAGAGCAAUCCAUCUAAAACUGCCCAUGCGUCUUUGUCAGAAACAGAAUUCACUGAAACCACAGAGCUCUUGUAAAUGUAAGCCAGUACCCGAGCAUUUAAAUACUCUUAAAGAAACGUUAAAUCCACACAAGCUUUUCCUGCAGUUCUGUAUUAGAAAUACUGAUCUGUGUUCUGCAGUUUUGUUAGAGCUAACUAAAUUACACUGAUGCUAUUUAAAAAUGGGGGAAUAGUCUAGGUAUUGGUGGACAUGGUCAUAGACGAAAGACUAAAAUGCAAGAAAAUCACAUUUAAUUAUGUUCAGAAAAAAUCUAUUUUUGUACUGUAUUUGUAGAACAAAAUAAAGUAUGGAAAAAAGAG